AUGAAAGAUGGUGGUCUUUAUUCUACUACUACUACUACUACUACUACUACUACUACUACUACUACUACUACUACUACUACUACUACUACUACUACUACUACUACUACUACUACUACUACUACUACUACUACUGCUACUACUACUACUACUACUACUACUACUACUACUACUACUACUGCUACCAUAAAAAUAGUCAGGACAUCAAGUGAGUUGACUUAA